AAUCAAAUGUACUGUGCAUAUUCUGCUAAAAUCAAAUCAGCUGCAAGGUCAACCCUGCAGAGUUCGUCUCUUCAGAAAAGCUAUGGCGAUCUGGUUGUCACGGAUUAUUUGGCUUGCAAUGCUUGGAGUGGCCAAUUAAUAAAAAUCAGUAAUUAAGCUCCAAAUGAGUUUAUUUUCAACAAAUUAAGUAUUUGAUUGAUUAGAGAUUGAUCUCUAGUUUCCAUUGGUAAUGUUUAAAUCGAAAAAUAACGAAAUUUAAAAUUAUGUUUUUCAGGUUUCAAGGAUGUCACGUUACAGUCCAGCUUUUUUAGACCCAGUAACUAAUAAAGAAGAACUAAAUGAAAAGCUAUCAGAAAACGAUCAGAGACUCCAUAAUCCACUCAAAGCCCCGACAACAGAUGUUUCAAUUUCACCUUUGUUCUAUGAUCCUAUUGUUUUAAAAUUCACAAAUGUCAUGAUGAAAGGAGGAAAUAAGGAAAGAGUCAGGGAAGUGAUGCGUCGGUUGUUCGAAAACAUGAAGCACCUUCAAAUUGAGAAAUGGCACAAGGCUUCUGAGAUAGAUAGGAGUCAGAUUGAGUGCAACCCUGUAAACAUCUUUAAACAAGCUGUUGACAAUUGCAAACCACUGCUGAUAACUGUUAGGGUUGUCAAAGGUGGAGUAGCGUAUAGGGUACCAGUGUGUGCCAAGGACAGCGAAAGUCAGUUUAGGGCUAUGAAGUGGAUCAUUGAUAGCUGUAGAGACAAAGAAAGAAGAAUCCCAAUGGAAGAAAAACUUACUCUUGAAAUCAUGGAUGCUUACAAUAAUCAGGGUAAGGCAGUGAGAAAGAAGCAAGAGCUUCAUAAGAUUUGUGAGAGUAAUCGAGCCUAUGCACAUUUAAGAUAAAGAUUGUGAUAUCAGAGUUCUGAGUAUAUAAAUUAUGUAACACAUUACAAGAUUAUAAUUUUUU